UUUUUUUUCUUUUUUUUUGCGUGUCAACCAGAAUAAAUAUGAGCAACAACUUGACUGCAACAACUUCAGUGGCCAAUGAGUUCACAAACGAAUUUACAAAUGAAUUUAUAGUGGAUGAUCAAGAUGAACUUCAUUCACCUGUGCCUGAUGCGGUUGCCGAGCCUUAUGGUGGAAUCAGUCAAGACUAUCGACAAGACACAGUGUUUGUGUUGACUAUUGACGCAGACAAUAAACAACCAGGUACUUUGACGGGCGAACAAUGUCCAAUGACAGAUAUCAUGAGCAAUAGUUAUGAACUCCUUUGUUCUCAGUACCCUCAUUGGCGUCGUAUGCUCUCUGACGAAUACAUGCGAAAUACCAAACUCGACAACGAUACCACGACAAAGACAACGGCACAGCUUGUGUUACUACAUAUUGAUGACCAUGCCUGGGCUUCAGUGAUUCAUUAUUUGACAGGCACGAAAUUCUUUCAUCAACCCGAUAUCUAUACCAAAUUCUGUCUCGACUCUGGUGAUCCUACCAGUCAGUUGCCUGCAGCACACGUCAAGUUUCUUGGUCAAAAACUACCCAUCACGAAAGAACACGAACGGGAUUGGCAUAGUAAUCGAAAGGUGGAUGCUUGGAGACGCGCUCUUUUGGCCAAAUUCGCACAAAAUGAAGAUUUGCAGAGAGCAUUGAUAUUGACAGGAUGGGCAAAACUAGUAGACAAACAAGGUGUGCCUCAACAUUUACUAAUGUGGGUGAGAACAGUAUUGCGAGGUGAUCAUCAGUCUUCAACAAAGGAAACCAACAUAGAGACAAUUCCUUUAAAACAAGAUAAAAAUGUAGAAGAGGUGCUUCGUGUGAUUGAAGGUUUAUUUGGUAAAGACAGACAACAUAUUUUAUCUUCCAUCUUGAGUGGCACAGGCAAUGACAAUCUAAAAGAACCUGUCAAGAAAAUAGUUGAAGCAAAGCCUGUGGAAAUGAAAGAUGCAGUUGGAUAUUUAGAGCAAAUCAAGAAUGAUGAACCACCUCAAACUUAUCAUAAAUUCUUAGAAAUCAUGACAGACUUUAGAUCAGAAAAGUAAGUUGUCCUUUGUAUUUCAGCUUACUUAAAGUCUACAGGAUUAAUACCCCUCAAGUUUUGGAGCGUGUCACGGCACUGUUUAAAGGAAAACCUUGGCUGAUUCGUAACUUUUUAAUGUUUUUACCACCUGGACAUGUCCUUGAUCUAUCGCCUGAAAAUAAGGCAAAUUCUAUCUACAUUACUUCCCCUACUGGCAGUAAAAUCAUAAUCAAUACAGAUGAAGGAAAGAUUACUUUUGAAUAAAGC